GGUGGAUCGUGGGGUAAACCCUUGCACUCUCGAGUGCGGGGAAGGGGCCAUCGGCAAAACACAAGGCGAGGAAGGGGCGCGGCCUAUAGGUACCGCCCUAUGUACGUACCACCCUCUCUCUCUGUGAACCGUGGCAGCUUUGGUGCUCUCUCACACUGCGUCAAACUUUCCAGCUACUUAGCUGUGUCUUGUGUGGAACAAAUCGCCAGCAGAUGCGGGUGCCUGCCUUCUCCCUUUGCUCGCCCUUCUCCGAGACAGCCCCAACAUGAGCUCGUCCGCUUCAAACUGUCUCGCCGGCUACCGGGCGCUUGCCUUUCGACCGCCGCGGGGCAGCCACGGCAGCUUGAGGCUGUACGCUUCUGCACUUGCUCGGCGGCCAGCACCCCUGAUACAUGAGUACCACUCGAAGCAUACUCCCCAUCAGCAACAACCAGUUGCAGGCCCUCGGAGCCUGACCCGCCCACGCCCGUUGUACCUGCAGCCGCUCCCAAAGGUCCAGACUACAGCGGUUGCGCGUUACGCAUCCCAUGCCUCGGAACCGCACGAUGAAGAGAUCCCUACCUCACCGCCCUUUAGCGCUGGGCCUUACUCGAAUCUAACCGUUGGUGUGCCCAAGGAGAGCUACCCCGGGGAACGCCGCGUAGCCAUUACUCCUCAAAAUGUCAAGCUCCUGCUAAAGAAAGGCUUCUCACGCAUCUUGAUUGAACGUGGAGCUGGCGUGGAAGCUCAAUUCACAGAUGAGGCGUACGAGCAGGCUGGUGCCGAGACCGUCGAUCGCAGGAGUGUCUUCUCGGAGAGCGACAUCGUGCUCAAGGUUCGAGCACUCAGCAUCGAUGGAGAAGAUAGUGAAGUAGAUGCCAUCCGCGAGGGUGCCACAGUGAUUUCCUUUCUUUAUCCGGUACAGAACAAACCAGUCAUAGAUCGAAUUGCGUCGCGCAAGGCCACUUCAUUUGCCAUGGACAUGGUUCCGCGCAUUUCUCGUGCCCAGGUCUUCGAUGCAUUGAGUUCAAUGGCCAAUAUUGCGGGUUAUAAGGCUGUUUUGGAAGCUUCGAAUACCUUUGGUCGUUUUCUCACUGGGCAAGUCACUGCUGCUGGAAAGAUCCCGCCAUGCAAAGUCCUCGUGAUUGGAGCUGGUGUAGCAGGCUUAAGUGCGAUUGCAACAGCUCGCCGCAUGGGCGCCAUUGUUCGCGGAUUUGAUACUCGCUCUGCAGCACGCGAGCAAGUGCAGUCCCUCGGUGCCGAGUUCAUCGAGGUUGAAAUCAACGAGGAUGGAUCCGGCGCUGGUGGCUAUGCCAAAGUCAUGUCUAAGGAGUUCAUCAAGGCGGAGAUGAAGCUGUUCUAUGAUCAAUGCCGGGAAGUCGACAUCGUCAUCACUACAGCACUGAUUCCUGGCAAGCCGGCUCCCAAACUUAUCACCAAAGCCAUGCUCGGUGCCAUGAGACCUGGCUCGGUCGUGGUUGAUCUUGCAGCUGAGGCUGGUGGUAAUUGCGAAGCUACUGUUCCUGGCAAGCUGACCAAGUUUGAUGGCGUAUCUAUCAUUGGUUACACUGACCUUCCGUCGCGUUUGCCGACGCAGUCAUCAACACUUUACUCUAACAACGUCACAAAAUUCCUGCUCUCACUGGUACCCAAGGACAAAAGGGAGAAGUAUUACGAUGUCGAUCUUACGGACGAAGUUACCCGUGGUGCUAUUGUCACAUACGAUGGCCAAAUCCUUCCUACGGCUCCUCGGCCUGCUCCUCCUCCCGUGCAAGCCAAACCAUCGCCUUCGCCUGCCGAUCAAGUCGCCAAUAUCGUUGCACUUACUCCGUGGCAGAGUCAGUCUCGACAGAUUGCUGGCGUUACUGCCGGUAUGACCACAGCACUGGCACUCGGAAAGUUCACUGGUCCGUUGUUCAUGUCCAAUGCAUUCACCUUUGCUUUAGCCAGUUUGAUCGGCUACCGAGUCGUCUGGGGUGUUGCACCUGCUCUUCAUUCACCACUCAUGAGUGUUACCAAUGCCAUUUCCGGUAUGGUCGGAAUUGGAGGCUUGUUUGUCAUGGGCGGAAGCUAUCUCCCCGAGACCAUUCCCCAAACUCUUGGUGGUCUAUCCGUAUUGCUUGCCUUCGUCAAUGUCUCUGGAGGCUUCGUCAUUUCCAAGCGAAUGCUCGAUAUGUUCAGGCGUCCAACAGAUCCAAAAGAGUAUCCGUGGCUAUACGCAAUUCCAGCGGCUCUGUUUGGUGGGGGAUAUAUUGCUGCAGCUUCAACUGGUAUGGCUGGCCUUGUACAAGCGGGCUACCUCGUUAGUAGUGUACUCUGUGUGACUUCGCUCUCCGGACUCGCUUCCCAAACGACAGCCCGCCGCGGCAAUUUCCUCGGUAUCCUCGGUGUCUUCAGCGGCAUCCUUGCUUCCUUGGCUGCGGUCGGGUUUGCGCCAGACGUCCUGACACAGUUUGCUGGCUUGGCCACUGUAGGAACGGUGGCGGGUUUGAUAAUUGGAAGGCGAAUCACGCCAACCUCGCUACCCCAGACGGUUGCCGCGCUGCACUCUGUUGUCGGUCUCGCAGCAGUCUUGACUAGCAUUGGCAGCGUGCUGGCUCACAGCGGCGAUAUUUCGACUCUCCACAUGGUUUCUGCGUAUCUCGGUGUCCUCAUCGGUGGAGUAACAUUCACCGGAAGUAUCGUCGCUUUCCUCAAGUUAGCAGCGAAGAUGUCCUCGAAGCCGAUAGCACUACCUGGACGGCACCUUAUCAACGGCACGCUCCUUGGUGCUAAUGUAGCUACUAUGGGCGCUUUUCUGGCAUACGCACCUGGUGCACCCCUAAUUGGCGCAGCAUGCUUAGUAGGCAACGCUACAUUGAGUUUCAUAAAGGGUUAUACGACAACAGCAGCCAUUGGUGGAGCUGACAUGCCAGUUGUCAUAACCGUCUUGAACGCCUACUCUGGCUUUGCACUAGUGGCUGAGGGAUUUAUGCUGGACAAUUCACUGCUGACUACAGUGGGUGCUCUGAUUGGAGUAUCAGGUUCCAUCCUGUCAUACAUCAUGUGUGUGGCUAUGAAUAGAUCUCUCACCAACGUGCUGUUCGGCGGAAUAGCACAGACGCCACAAGCUCAAACGAAAAUCGAAGGAGAAGUGACGAAAACUUCCGCUGACGAGACGGCUGAAGCCCUGGUAAACGCCGAGAACGUUAUCAUUGUCGUCGGGUACGGCAUGGCUGUCGCAAAAGCCCAAUACGCCAUCUCCGACUUUGUCAACGCCCUUCGCGCCAAAGGCAUCAACGUCCGCUUUGCCAUCCAUCCCGUGGCCGGUCGCAUGCCAGGCCAAUGCAACGUUCUCCUUGCCGAAGCUAGCGUCCCAUACGACAUUGUCUUGGAGAUGGACGAAAUAAACGAUGACUUCCCCGAAACGGACGUGACAUUGGUUAUUGGAGCUAACGACACUGUCAACCCGAUUGCAAUGGAGCCUGGCAGUGCGAUUGCAGGCAUGCCAGUGCUGCAUGCGUGGAAGAGCAAGCAUGUUAUCAUCAUGAAGAGAGGCAUGGCGAGUGGAUAUGCCGAUGUACCGAACCCAAUGUUCUACAUGGAGAAUACGAAGAUGCUGUUUGGGGAUGCUAAUGAUAGCUGUAACGCUAUUAAACGAGCACUCGAGGAGAAGAUCAAGGGUUUGUGAGUGGACACGGGAACCUUCGCUUUCUACGCGACAGAUUCCAUCUGCCAUUUUCUUUCAUUGGCUAAGUGGGAGUGCGUUAAAGGGUGCUUUUGCAUAUGCACGUGACUAAGUUGUUUAUAUAGAGUGGCAUAGCGACAUGAUCUUUCCUGAAAUGAAAGAUUCAAUCAGAUUGAUAAUUGCAAG